AACCAAUUUAGGCAGUUAGGUAAACUUUAUUUAUUCAGAAAAUCUCACAGAGAAAACAAAUGUUGAUCCAUAAAAUCAAAAUGACCACAUUAGGAAUAUGAUCAGGGAUGAUGUCAGUGCAACACAGUGGGCUGUAAUCCAGGUAAAUACCGGCUGAUCUUAAUGCCUUUGAUCUAAAUGUCUUUAGGGAAAACAAAACUAAACCACCGUCCAGUAGUGGACUGGACUGCAAAUCUGUUUCCCUCAAAGCCAGAAGAUGGAGGCACAAGCAGGAAGUAGACGUUGGACCUUUUAAAAUAUUAUAAGUAAUAUUAUAUAUAAUAUUAUGUAUAAAUACUUUAUAAUAGCACAAUUAACAGUGAUUUAAAAAAAAACUAUUAGACUCACAUCUACUAAUACUCUGUUUGAUGACUCUCUACCCCUCACAGUAAGUAUAGCGUCUAUUUGCCUUAGGAUUUGUUUAUGAGCCAAGGGUCAUUUUGGAGAUAGUGAUCUGCCCACACUCCACCUACUGCUGAGUUACGGUCCGUGCAGACGCAAAGCGCGUUUCCUUCUUCGAUUCGCAAAAGGGUUAGAGGCUGAAGCAUGGCUCGUCGCGUCGCAGUGAUCGGCGGAGGCAGCUCAGGUCUGGCCUGCAUCAAGUGCUGCCUGGAUGAAGGGCUGGAGCCCGUCUGCUUCGAAAGCAGCGACGACAUCGGCGGCUUGUGGAGGUUUAAGGAGAACCCAGAACCAGACAGGGCCAGUAUCUACCACUCUGUCAUCAUCAACACCUCCAAGGAGAUGAUGUGUUUCAGUGACUUUCCCAUUCCUGCACACUUCCCAAACUUCAUGCACAACUCCCUGAUCAUGGACUACUUUCGGAUGUAUGCUGAGCGCUUCCAGCUGAGCAAGCACGUACGCUUCAAUACCAAAGUGUUGCAGGUGAAGCAGAGAUCAGAUUUCUCUCACUCCGGCCAGUGGGAUGUUGAAACAGAGAACAAGGCCGGAAGAAAGGAGAGACACAUUUUUGAUGCUGUGAUGAUCUGCAUUGGACAUCACUGUCACCCACACCUGCCUCUGCAUGACUUCCCAGGCAUUGACACGUUCGCGGGGAAGUAUUUCCACAGUCGAGACUACAAGACUCCAGAGGAGUGGAGGAAUAAAAAGGCUGUAGUGAUCGGAAUAGGAAACUCUGGAGGCGACAUCGCAGUGGAGCUGAGCAGAGUCACCAAACAGGUUUACCUGAGCACUCGAAGGGGAGCCUGGAUUCUAAACAGAGUUGGGAUCAACGGCAUCCCCCUUGAUCUAUCUUUUGACAGAAACUUAAAUUUUCUUAGGAAAAUCCUUCCCUUUGGUGUUUUUUGUAGUUUGGGAGAGAGGCGACUCAACCAAAGAUUUGAUCACAGCCUCUACAACCUCAAGCCAAAGCACAGGUUGUUAAGUCAACAUCCCACAGUGAACGAUGAGCUGCCCAACCGGAUCCUCUCUGGAACCGUUCAAGUGAAACCCAACAUUCGCAGAUUUCAGGGAUCCACUGUGGAAUUUGAUGAUGGAAGCAAAGUGGAGGAUGUUGACCUGGUGGUAUUUGCUACAGGAUACAGGUUUUCCUAUCCCUUUCUGACCUCCAACGUGGUCUCAGUGUCUGAGAACAAAACAGAUGUGUACAAGUUCGUGUUUCCUCCUGAACUGGACCGGCCCACGCUUGCCAUCAUUGGACUGGUGCAGCCACUGGGAGCCAUCAUGCCCAUCUCUGAGAUGCAAGCCAGAUGGGCCACACGGGUCUUUAAAGGCUGCAUCAAGCUUCCUUCAGCCGCCGCCAUGUUGAAGGACAUUCGCUACAAGCAGGAGACAAUGGCUAAAAGGUACGUCGCCAGUCAGAGACACACCAUCCAGGUGGACUUCGUCAGCUACAUGGAUGAGAUAGCAGAACUAGUGGGGGUUCGACCAAACAUCCCAAGACUGCUGCUGUCUGAUCCCAGGCUGGGCCUCAACGUGCUGUUCGGUCCCUGCACCCCAUAUCAGUACCGUCUGAGAGGGCCGGGGAAGUGGGCUGGGGCCCGUGAGGCCAUCCUCACUCAGUGGGAGAGGGUGGUUCAACCCAUGCAGACCAGGCCCUGUGACGAGCCCAAACCCAAGAGAUCCUUCACGUGGCUUCUGCUUCUGUCAGCUGCUUGUGUGGGUUUGGCUGCAUACGUUUACAGGAACAACCCACCAGGCUUCUUACAAGAUCCCACUGCACUGUUAAACAAGAUCAAACUGUACCUGCCUGGACAGUGAUGAGCAGCUCAUACUGAAUGUUCUUCGGCUUUAGUCAUUCUUUUAACAAUUGUAUCUGUGAUUGUGUUAUUUUUACAUGACAGCUCCAGGUCAAUUUCAAGAAGGGAGUAAACGAAUUCCAUCAGCUAAGACUGAAGUCGAACAUGAAUGAGUUGUUGUGAUGUGUCAGAUCAUUUCUCUUGUGGUUUAUGUAACUAAUAUUGAUUGUUGUGUUUGUGUUGGUAACCCAGCUAGGAUUUCUGUGAGGUUAAGUGUAUGUUCACUCUACAACAGGAAAAUGGCCUUUCAAAUUAAAAUGCAACAUUGGACAAUAGGAAUAGUUCAAAAUAAUUUGCUGGUCAAUACACACUAUAGUAAGUUUUAAUCAUGGUUUUAAACACUAGCUGGUGUUUUAUUAGGUAAAAGGAUGUUAUUCAGGAUGAUGCCUGAUUUGUGUGACUCUGGUGUGGGAUGUCUAACUUCUUAAUUAGAUUAAUAUUGCGUAAUCGUCUGACUUAAUCUACAGACGUGUAAAAUGCACAUUUACAUUAUGUUUAGAUUUAGAUAAUACAUUUGUUAUCAUUCAGUUGUCUGUGAUUCUCAAAGUUAAGAUUGACAUACUAUGUCCCAUCUCAUUGUGUUUCCUCGCCUAUAUAAUGCUAGAUUCUCAGUUACUUGGGCUCUAUUAACUAAUUAUUAAGUACAGAUACAAUAAUAAGCACCUAUCAACAGUCUAUUAUUUACCAGGUCAAUAAUAGACUGUUGAUAGACUGGAUUAAUUAAUUACUAUUUUUGUUUGAGUUUUUUUUACUCUCAAUUACAAUACUGUCAUACAAUAAAAAAACAUCAGUCUAAACAG